AAUAAAUAAUGCAUUUUUAAAAGGGAAAUCCUGGAUGUGGCUCCUAAUAAUAAUUGCCCAGUCAAAACCAUAAUUAUCAAGAAUCCAAAUCCAGUCUCUUCGCAGUUCCCCCUGACGCUUCUCGUCUCUCUGGUUCAAUUAUAACUCAGACUGAUGAUGGUGUUUGGAAAUUCCGGGAAGCAGCAGGUGUUCCCUGUGAACUAUGAAGCAGAGGUGUCACAGCGCCUGGUAGACGCAGCUCAUGUUUGUGACUUGAAGCGUGCUAAAGAGUGUAUGGCUGAUCCUUUUAUCGACGUCAACUUCAUUGGAACAGUGAGCUUGAAGGCUAAAAGAACGGAAGUCGUCUUGCACGAUGAGGCGCCUCAUGAAGUUUGCGUUGAGUAUGAGGAGUUUAGGACUGAUGUCACCGCUUUGUUCCUCGCCGCUCAUGCCGGAAACUUGAAACUUGUCAGAAAGUUACUGAAUUUUGGAGCUAAUGUGAAUCAGAAGCUAUUCCGAGGCUAUGCAACGACUGCGGCUGCGAGGGAAGGUCACCUGGAGAUACUAGAAGUCCUGAUUAAAGCAGGCACAUGUCAGGAGGCUUGCGAGGAGGCUUUGUUGGAAGCCAGCUACUUGGGAGAGAGUAAGUCUGCUGAGUUGCUGAUGAGUUCUGAUUUGAUUCGUCCACAAGUUGCCGUUCACGCUCUAGUCUCUGCCUGCUGCAGAGGAUUUGUCAAUGUUGUUGACACACUCAUUAAGUUUCGAGUAGAUGUCAAUGCCAUUGAUAGAGUGCUGCUUCGGUCUUCCAAGCCAUCUCUGUAUGCCAAUGUUGACUGCAAUGCACUAGCGGCUGCUGUUGUUAGUAGACAGAUUCACGUUGUUAGAUUGCUGUUACAGGCUGGUGCAAAGACUGACAUCAAGGUGAGGCUGGGAGCCUGGUCUUGGGACACGGAUACUGGAGAAGAAUUUCGGGUGGGUGCCGGGCUAGCUGAGGCUUACUGCAUUACUUGGUGUGCUGUGGAAUAUUUUGAAGCCAGUGGUGCCAUCUUGCGAAUGCUUUUUCGACACCUUUCUCCGAACAACCCACAUUUUGGGAGGACUCUCCUCCACCAUGCCAUACUAUGCAAUAACCCAAGAGCAGUAGAAGUGCUGCUAAAUUGUGCUGUUGAUAAAGAAGUUCCAGUAAAAACAUCUUCAAAAACAGAAUUACGCCCUAUUCAUUUGGCUGCAAAGCUUGGAUAUGCUAAAAUCCUUCAAUGCCUGACCAUUGCUGGAUGCAAUAUCAAUUCCAAAACAGCAGCAGGAGAAACUGCACUCACAAUUUGUGUAAGAUAUAAGCAUGAGGAGGGCCUUAAAGUUCUGGCCUCAGAAGGGGCUGAUUUUGGACUGGUAAAUUCGGCUGGUCAAUGUGUAAGCUCCAUAGCUAAAUCAACCAGGUGGAGCCUUGGCUUCCAGCAAGCAGUAAUAGAUGUGAUUCGAGCAGGGAAGGUUGUUCGAUCAAGCAAUGCUUCAGUAUUUUCCCCUUUGAUGUUUGUGACUCAAGCAAAUAAUGUUGAGGCCUUGAAAAAGCUGAUUGAGCGGGCAGAAAUUGAUCUUGAUGAACAGGAUGAUAAUGGGAACUCAGUUACAAUGAUAGCUGCCGCUUCUGGCCACACUGAGGCCUUCAGGCUCCUCCUUCAUGCUGGAGCUAACAUAAAACUGCAAAAUAGGCAUGGAAAAACAGCAAUCAGUUUAUCCCAAUCAAACCACAACAAUGAAAUAAUGGAAAAAAUAAUUCUUGAAUAUGCACUUGAAGAGGGAAACAUCGGAUCAGCUGGCUUUUUUGCUCUGCAUCGCGCUGCAAGGCGCGGGGACUUGGCCUUGGUUCGCAUGUUAAUCAGUAGAGGCUACGAUGUUAAUGGCAUGGACGGAGAUGGAUACACCUCUCUGAUGUUAGGAGCCAAGGGAGGCCAUGGAAGAGUGUGUGAAUUCUUGAUCUCAAGUGGCGCAAAUUGUGACAUUGUGAAUGCUAGAAACGAGACAGCACUCUCUCUCGCAAGGAAAAAUGGUUAUGAAAACGAUGCAGAACGAGUCAUAUUAGAUGAAAUGGCUCUCACUCUUGUGUUGGCAGGCGCCCGUGUGAAGAAGCACACCAAGUGUGGCAAAGGCUCGCCCCAUUACAAGGUUCUGAAGAUGGUGGUGUCUGUGGGGAUUCUGAGGUGGGGAAAGUCUAAUAAGAGAAAUGUGAUAUGCAGGGCAGCUGAGGUUGGCCCAAGUACCAAGUUUCGAUGGAACCGGCGCAAGAAGUUUGAUGUUGAAGAAGCGGGAAUGUUUUAUGUAGUGACUACAAAGAACAAGGAGGUGCAUUUUGUCUGCCAGGGUGGGGUUGAAAUGGCUCAGUUGUGGGUCAGAGGAAUCAAACUUGUAACCAGGCAAGCCAUUUUUGGUGAGAAACAGAGGAGUGUGAAUGGAUCAUGAGUUGUUUCUUCUGUCUCUGAGAAAAAAUGGAGAAAUAAUUUCAGCUCCUCCCAUUUUUGCAGCAACUAUUUCUUAAUGCAAUGUAGGGCUGGAUAUCAUCCAAGCUGACUCGGUCUU